GGGCCGGGCAGGGAGCGGGGCCAGGCCGCCCGUGUUACCCAUGGCGGCGCGGCUGCGGGCGGGCGCCGCCUGGAGCCGUCGCGGGCCGAUGACGCGGGCGAUCGGUGCGGCGUUUCCCGGUGCGGCGUUUCCCGGUGCGAUGGGAUUGCGCGCCCCGCGUUGAUGGCGGCCCGGCGGACACCGCACGGCUCCGCGCCGGAGCCCAGGGUGGAUGAGUUCACCGUCCCCGCCGAGAAGAGCCGCCUCCUGGAGCGCAGCCGUGGCCGCAUCGAGGGCUUGUUCGAGGUGCGGCUGGCCGUGCUGGAGGCGCAGGAGGACUGGCGGCCCGCGCUGCAGCCGCCCAGCGCCAGCGCCAGGAUCUGGGUGCAGCUGGCGGGCUGCACGAAGGCCGUGAGCACCGCCAAGGAGUACAUCAAGGGACUGUGUGAACCUGAGCUGGAAGAAAAGGAGCACUACCCGAAGGACAUGCACUGCAUCUUCGUUGGUGCACAGAGCCUGUUCCUCAACAGCCUUAUUCAGGAUACGUGUGCAGAUGUGACAGUGCUGGAAAUGGGAUUGCUCAGCAUCAAGGGGGGUGCAGAAGCUGUUGUUAUGGCUCAAAGUCACGUGCAGCAGUUUGUGAAGCUUUUUGAGAAUAAUGAAAGUUUGUUAAAUGACAGUGAAUCAGAGAUUAAAAAGCGGUUCAGACAGUUUGUGGAAGCACAUGCAGAUAAGUACACAAUGGAUUUACUGAUUUUACCUAGUGCACUGAAAAGAGAACUCCUAGCUCUCACCCAAACUGAUGUUUCUGAAGGGGAGACUAAUAUCAUAGAUCUCACAGGCUCUGAAAGCCCACAGCAGCUUGGACAAAUCACCUCCAAAGUCACUGCUACAAACAGAGAUGGAAGGGCAGAUGGGGAGGAAGCAAGAAACAAGGCUGGCACACCUGUAACUGAGCUUACAAAGCAAAUGGACACUGUGUUUUCUGAUGCUCCUGAAACAAGGUUUGUUCCCAUAAAGGGCCCUCUGUUAGAGGCAGUGACCUUUAAAGAGAGGCAGUCAUGUAAAAGAAGGUCUUCUGAUGAGGAGGAAAGGUUUCCUAAAAAGCAUUUCUCUUUGGAAAAUGAUCAACAAGUGAAAUCUGCUUUACACAAGGAUCCUUCAGACCCUGAUGCAGUUAUUGAUCUGGUUUUGGAUAGCUGCAAUGAAUCAGAUGGUCCUACUUACUGCCUUAAAGAAGGUGAUACUCUCACUGAGGAAAUGGAAUAUAAGAUUCUUGUGAACUUUUUCAGAACAAUGGGAUAUUCCCAAAAUAUUGUGGAAAAAGUCAUUGGUAUCCUAGGACAAUCUGCAGAACCAUUAAUAUUGCUAGAAGAAAUUGAAAAGGAAAAUUUAAAGUUUAAAGAAGAACAUGAACAGUCGUCUCAACAGCCUAAAACUGUCAAUCUUCCUUUAGGAAAUAAUGUCAAUAAUUCACAAAAGCUAGAAGACAAAGGAAUUUCUAGGAGUAAAAGUCCACUUAAAUCCAGUCCUACUUCAAAGGAGACAAAAAAUGAAUAUCACAAAGUAAGAGGUGCUCCAGACACACAGCUUGGUGCAGAGGACAAAACACAUAAAUUGGUAUGCAAAUCAUCAUCCCCUCCCAACAAAAAUUCAGUUCUGUGCUAUAAACAGAGAGAUGUUUAUGGCCCUGGUAAGAACCACAACUCAAGGUCAAGCAAUAUAGAAACUGAUGGUGGGGUAGCUUUCAGCACUGUGCAAGCUGGAACUCUAAAAGAUGUUGGCUUUGUAGCCAGAGGGAGCUCAGACGUGCAGCAUAUCUCGAGUAAAACUGCAUUUCAGCAGAAAUCUGCAGGGCUCUCAGCUGUGCAGAACAGCCACCCUGGUUAUGAGGAGCAGCUGGGACACUGCAGCUCUUCCCAAGCCAGGCCUCUCCACCAGCACCUUUCCCAAACCUCACAUUGUGACAGUCCUGUCCCAGACCGGUUACUGCCUUCACAAAAACACCCUUCAAAUCCAGAUAGAGACACAGUGAUCCCACAUCCAGAUCAUUCAGUUACUGGAGUUCAGAGAUUUUUGGACUCUCUGAAGAAGCCAUACAAACUGGAGUUGAUAAAUGAACCUGGGAAACCAUAUUUAAAACACAUAAUUAUUGAUGGAAGCAAUGUUGCAUUUUCUCAUGGUCUAAGGAAAUUCUUCUCCUGUCGAGGAAUUGCAAUAGCUGUUGACUACUUCUGGAAACGUGGCCACAGAAAUAUCACUGUGUUCAUUCCACAGUGGAGAACAAGACAUGACCCUUCCAUUACAGAGCAGAAUUUCUUAACACAGCUCGAGGAUGUUGGAAUAUUGUCUUUAACCCCUGCAAGGAUGGUUUUAGGAGCAAGAAUUGCUUCUCAUGAUGACAGAUUUUUAUUACAUCUUGCUGCUAAAACUGGAGGUGUUAUUGUGACUAAUGAUAACUUCAGAGAAUUUGUGACAGAAUCAUUUGCCUGGAGAGAAAUUAUUCAGAAAAGGUUGCUCCAGUACACUUUUGUUGGUGACAUAUUUAUGGUUCCUGAUGAUCCUUUGGGAAGAAAUGGACCCAGAUUAGAUGACUUCCUUCGAAGUGAAGGCUGUUCUAGAGAUUCUUGGUCAACACUGAAGGCUUUACAGAGCAGUGAACAAUAUUCUGCUGAGAUACCUUUCCUCCUCCCCGAAGGGAGCGGUGGCAGCGGGCAGCCUGGAGGCGGCAGAGCGCACGACGAUCGCUCAUCGCCGUGGCUCCCACGGCAGGGAAACGCUGAGCCUUGUCCAGCAGUCCCACCACAGAGGUCUGCCCCAGAAACUGUCCAGCUGAGAGAAGCCCUGAUCAAAAUUUUUCCUGACUAUGAGCAAAGGCAGAAGAUUGAUAAAAUACUAGCUGAUCAUCCAUUCAUGAGAGAUCUUAAUGCACUGUCUGCCAUGGUGCUUGACUGAAUGCUUACACAGCUUUUAUAUCACAACUGCUCUGACUAACAAUUAUCAAUGUGAAGAAAAAUGUCGCUCUUUUAUGUUACUUUGUGAAUAUUAAAAACCUAAUUUUAUUUGUAUAAACAAAGAUAUUUUUGUGGAUGUUCUGUUCCUAACAGAUAUCAGGUUUUGAUAAAUUAAAAACUGCUCUCCUACAGAUUUGUAGUAAUAUUUUCUGUGGAAAAAACCCCCUAACUCUUCUGCUUCACCUGAACUGCUUGUUAAAGCAGUGGCAGUACUCCCUUUUGAGCAGUGUGUUAGUACUUUUUACAGAACCCUUUUCCUGGAGGGCAGAAUUCCUGUCAGUUGGAGACCCGUGUGUGGGAGCAGCUGCCAGCAGGUGGCAGCCGUGGGGAUCCCCAGGAAAAUCCAAGAAAAUCCAUUUGGUCUUCCAGGCUGAAAAUGCUGUGUGGGAUCGUUGGAAGAGAAAGUAUAAAUCUACAGCUCUCAUCAGGAGAAGGUGUUUUGAAUGCGUUAAAAGAUCUGAAGCUACACUGGUUUUUAAAUUAGAAAUUAUCUUGACCAUCAAUAUUCUUUCAGAACAGUUUUAAUAUCUCUGACACCUGUUUGUCUUUGUCUUGCCUGGUUUAAGUGUGAAUGGUGUGGUGUUAACAGAAUGUGACACUGUCUGUAUAGAAAUGACUUUUUUGUGCAGAGCUACAGCUGCAGUCAGCUCCACCCCUUUAGAUCUAUUCUGGGAUCUAUCCCAAAAGCAAGGGGAAAAAAGGAAAAUAUUUUAUGAAAGCUGACCAAUAGCACCGAGCACCGCUUUCAAGAGCAGAGCAAAGUUAAGAUUGUCUGUAUCUCUGUACACACUGAAGUCUGUUACUCCUUCCUUUUAAUCAAUCUCUGGUGACAGGUGUUUGCAUGAGUAAAAUCAAAUUGGACUGUAAAGAAAAUUUCAAUUUCUGUUGUACUGAGCCUUACCCUAAAGCAUUAGUGGCUGUCUGUCCAGUUCUAUGGGGUGUGAAAUCACUCUUUGCUUAUAGGCAAAAGAGCUGAAAUACAAUUGAGGAACAGGGGGUUUUGAAAAACUGUCUUUUUGCAUGGCCCUGUCAUGUUUUGUGACGUCAGAAACAGAAGGCAGUCUUGCUCUUCCCUGAGCACAAGCAACCUGAAAGAGAACAAAAAAGUUUUAGGAACAGUAGUUACAGCUUCUCAAAAAUAUAGGUGAUGAUGAAGGAAGGCCUUUACUGUUUCUAUAUCCAAACAAUCUUAAUUAUUUUUUAUUCGGUAUAAGUGAGUGGGAGAUUUGCUAUGCAGGUGGGCAGAGUCCUUCUGAUCAGCACAUUUGCUGAGAAGUACUUCUCAGCUAUAAAGUGUUAUAUAAUCUCCAAGUUCUACCCCCAUAAAAACUUAGGCAGGUUCCUAAAGCCUGUUACCACUGACUGCAGUUGGUAUCAUUUUAAUAAAUUGUAGGAGAAUAAAUCGUCAGCUCCCUCUCACUGCCUGGGGGGCCUGUGUACAUGUGUGAACAUGCUCCUUGAAGAACUUGUCUUCUUUCCAUUAGGUAUAUCCCUGGUUGCAUAUGUUGUUUUCACUUUUUAGGUGCUGGUGUAGGGAUGUAAAUAUACUGUAACCUUUAUUUUACAGAAUCAGCUGAGUUGGAAGGCACCCACAAGGAUCAUCCAGUCUAACUCCUGGCCCUGCACAGGACACUUCAACACUCCCACCCUGUGCCUGAGUGCAUUGUCCAAACAUUUCUUGGUUCUGUCAGGCUUGGGGCUGUGCCCACUUCCCUGGGGAGGCUGUUCAGUGCCCAACCACCCUCUGGGUGAGGAGCUUUUUCCUGAUCUAACCUAAAUACCCCCAACUCAGCCUCAAGCCUCAAGCCCUGUCACGAGAGUAAAGAGAUUGGUACUCUUUCUUCUUUCUCUAGUUCUUUCUCCAGGAUCCAUUUCUGAAGCAUGCCUUGUGCUAUUCAACCUUUGGUUGCUGCAAAAACACGGCUAGAAGCAGUGUUUUGAGUGGAAAGUAACAGGGACUUUCCCUUACGUGUGAGUGAUUCGGCAUUUCCCUCUCCCUCCCUUUAAAGGGGUAAAGUCCUAAAACUGAUUCCUGGUGUGAUGCCAAGUGCAGGAUUUCUGUGACAAAUACAGCAGUUUACUGUUAAAAGGAGCGUUUUCUUUUACGUUUUAAGAGCAUGUCAUGUAAACAAUUUUAUUGCAGUUGUAAACAAGCGAAGCUCAGAUGAGUCCCAGUAGUGGGUGCUAGUGCUGCUGUUUUCCUUCCUGUUUUAGUGCCAUAUUAGGGCAGCUCGUGUUUUGGAAGAGCAUUUCUGAACCAGAGAGAGAGUGCCUGUGAAAGUUCCAUGACAAACAGUGACUCACACAGUGCCUUUCUAAUACUGGCAGUGUUUCCUUCUGUUUUGCAAGUGUGCAGACUGUGUUUGAUAUGAAUGCCUUUCUUGCUAGAAUUUUGUGUAACUGCAUUAAGUGCUAUUUUUAGAUCAGGGCCUGGUUUAUGUGCUGGAUGGCUUUUUUAUUGGAAAGGUUGUAGCUCUGCUAUACUUCAUGGGUAAGACCCGUUAUUUUCAUAAAUGCAGUUUAGAAUAAUAAUGACUUUGCAGAUUUCAAGACCUAAUCUGCUGUCUGGUAUUUGGAGGAGUCUGGUUGUAUAAGUAGGUAUUUCUCUGAUGUGUUCAGUUUCUCUUUUUUUAAUCACAGAAUGGAAACCCAAGUGCCUUACAACAGUCUUAACUCAUGGUGUUCAGACUAUUCCUGGCCUUUCUGACUGCUCCUGUUUGUGCUCAGUUUUGUACAUAAAUCUACCGGUUUUGUAUAUGUUGGUAUGUAACUCUGUGUAUACAGAGGAAAUACUGCAGUGCUCAAGUAGAUGGUAUAGAUGAUGACUUUUGAAAAACAGAUGGAUUUUAGAUUUGUAUUAUUUUUUUACCUGUGUAUUGUAUGGAUCUGUGUUUAGAAUGUGGUUCCAUUGUACUGUUCAAACUCUGCUGAGCUGUGUAUGACCAUCCCAAGUUUUUGCUGUCUGCUUUGUGGCUCACUAAGUUCUGUCAGAUUGCAUUAUAUAAUUUUUAAUGGCUAA